GACGCGGCAGCGGCCGCGGCGGGCAGCGGCGCCGCGGCCGAGGCGUUCCCGCCGCCGCCGCCGCUGCCGCCGCCGCCGGAGCAGCAGCAGGGGCAGCAGGAGGAGGAGCAGCUGGGGCUGCAUCUGGAGUUUUUCCUGCCCUCCUCAUGCUAUGCCACGAUGCUGCUGCGAGAGUUGACUAAGGAGGGCACGUCCAAGGCCACCCACAAGGCGCUGUCGCUCGGCGCGCGGCAGCAGCGGGAGCGGCGGCAGGAGCAGGAGCAGGCGGAGCAGCAGGCGGAGCAGCAGGCGGAGCAGCAGGCGGAGCAGCUGGGGGCGGCGGCGGCGGCACCAGAGGGCGCGUCGCGGGGGGAUGUGGACAUGGCGCCGGUGGAAGCUGGCUUGGGUGGCUGCGGCGGCGGUGGUGGCGGCGGCAGCGGUGCAGAGGGGUGA